GUUUCCUUACAAACAAUCGAAAAUGCAGAGUGAACGUUUGAUAGUUAAGUACAUAAAAGUGAACAACUGCUUCGCCUAUUUGCCAGACGCCUGGCUACGUAAAUUGGAAACUAAGGAAAAUGCGAUUGAAAUAGAGCAUAACGGUAAAACGUAUUAUGCCUCGUGCAGCGCGAGCGCAAAUCACAAUGAAAUACUAUGCCUUGGUACAACGUUUGCCAGAAGUUUGGGCAUCAACGAAGGAGAUGAAGUAUUCAUAUCAUCUGUGAAGGAUGUGCCACAUUUAACAAGAGUUAACGUUAUACCUCGUACUGCGGAUGACAGGGAGAUUUUGGAAUUGCAAAUGGAAAAGGUGCAAUCGACAUUGCUCACUCAGAUCCGCGUGGUGGCCAAGGGUCAACCAAUUGUCGCGUGGGUGUCAAAAUUUUCGUCAGUAGUAUUUAUCGUAGAAUUCCUGGAGCCAAGUGCCAGGUACGGAAAACUGGAGCAAUUAACAGAGAUACACGUGGCGGACGUAGUGGAAAGUAAAAAGACAGAAUCAUCCCCUAAACAGAACACACAAUCCGUCAACAUCGCCGACCAUUUAUCGACUACAUUAAGAAGACUCUUACCGUUAGCAACCAGACCAAUCGACGAUAGAUCAAAAGAGAAGGCAGCUAGAAAUUACAAUCUCCUUCAGAGUUUUCGCCAGAAAAAGAAGCCAAUUAUAUAUCGCGUCCAUCCACUUCCAAAGGCGUCGAAAGAUGCCAAGGAAGGGAAUUCCAUCAACGAGAUUACAGGCUGUCCGUAUCACGUGUUCAUACCAAGAAGCCAGGCGCCAAAGUUCGAUGGUACAUUCGCUAUUUGCCGCGUGAAAAAGGUACCAGAGAGUAGACAGUACGUGAACACGACCAGCACGGGUUUCCUUACAAGGGACGAGUCCCCUGUACCCAAGCUGGCCACGGAAUUGACUGUGAGAGUUUUCAUCCUUGAGGACCUACUGGAAGGAUCCUCUAAUUCGAACAAGGAUUAUUUCAACACUGGCCUUCUUCACAGAAGCGUGUACGUCUCGGAUAGUUUGAGGAUUACCUUGGGCUUAAAGGUGGGAGCAAAAGUGAGCUUGUGGCAGGUCGAGUCUCCCCAGCAAGUGAAUCCAUCUACUAUCGAACUAUUUUCCUGGCGGGACUCGGAGUCCACGAAGAUUUUUGAAGGUUAUGUUAGGACACAUUCGAUGCAAGAAGGGUUACUGAUCAAUUCUGGUGCCGUUGUUGUUUUUGACGGAGGUCAACAAUGUAUCGUGAAGAUCUCACCAGAGGAGUGCACGUUUGCCCUGAUAGAUGAGACUGUCUUAAAAGGAUUGAGGAUUCACGCAAGAUCCGUGACUGACAAGAGCGAUCUGCGGCUAUCGGAGAAGACUGAUCAAGAGAAUCAUAGACUGGACAAAGUUUCUACGCGGCACUUAAAGAAUAUCUUGACGGAAUGUCAAGUCACGCUCGAUCUCAGUCUCGGUCUGCGCAAGCAAUUGGAUUUCCAUUACGACCGGGAGAACAUAUUAAUUUCUGGCGAUGUCGGUUCCGGCAAGACGACCGUUUGUAAAAUACUCAGCGAAUAUUUGCAAAAUGCCCCGUACUUCGUACACGUUCACACGAUCGAUUGUAGAUCGUUGAAAGGAAAAAAGGCUGAGAUGUUACAAAAGAUAAUAACAACCGCACUAACGGAAUGUAUUUAUUAUCAACCGUCCGUGUUAUUUCUGGAUGAUCUAGAAUCCAUCACGAACGCGUCUACGAACGACGAAGAGAAUACUCCGGACGCCAUGAACGCCGCCAGGAUUACAGACAUGUUCAUUAACAUGGUGACACAGUACCAAGAAACGUACCACGUGUCAGUGAUCGCCACGUGUGCUGGUGUUAACAGGAUUGGCCAGAAAUUGCGACCAGCGAGAGGGUCCCAUUUUUUCAGAACAGUUUUAUCGAUACCAAACUUGGAAAAGGUGGAUAGAAUCGAUAUUUUGCAAUUAAUGCUCGGGGACAAGUUGUACGUGCCUCGAGACGUGAAUUGGGAUUACUAUGGAAACAAGACCGAGGGAUGGAUGGUACAGGAUCUGGUCGAUCUGGCGGAGAAAACCGUGUUCGCCGCUUGGAAACGUCACGGAGCCACGAGGCCGCCGGUCGUUAUCACGGAAGAGGACGUGUCGAUUGCCCUGAAGAAUUGUACGCCGAUGUCUUUGCAAGGCAUACAAUUGUACAAAGGCCAGGGCCACGGUUGGUCUGAUAUCGGGGGCCUGGCGGAAGUGAAAAGGUCUCUUAUAGAGAUUCUACAGUGGCCGUUGAAGUAUCCCGAGAUAUUUAAGAACGCGCCGAUCAAGCUACAAAAUGGCGUGCUGUUGUACGGGAUGCCUGGAACCGGGAAAACGAUGCUCGCCAAAGCGAUCGCAAACGAAUGCGGCGUGAAUUUAAUUAGCGUCAAGGGUCCUGAAUUGCUAUCGAAGUAUAUCGGUGUGAGCGAGGAGUCUGUUAGGAACGUAUUCGAAAGGGCUCUCCGGGCGAAACCGUGCGUUCUAUUUUUCGACGAGUUUGACAGUCUCGCUCCCAGACGAGGUCAUGAUAGUACCGGAGUAACAGACAGGGUGGUGAAUCAAUUGUUGACACAAAUGGAUGGGGUGGAGGACAGAGAGGGAGUAGCAGUGGUGGCGGCGUCUUCGAGGCCAGAUUUGUUGGACCCAGCACUUUUGAGACCUGGACGUCUCGAUAAAUCUUUAUACUGUCCUCUACCCGAUCAGGUGGACAGAGAAGCAAUUUUAGUCGCGCUUUGCAAGACACAGAACAUAAAUACAGCGGAAUUAGAUUUAAAAGAAGUUUCGGCGAUGACUUCCGGUUUCACUGGAGCUGAUUUGAACGCGGUGGUCACGCAAGCCAGGUUAUCAGCGUUCGAAGACGUGGUUGCUAAUAUUCCCGAUGGAAAAAUCGUAGCCGAAGACAUCAAGGUGUCUCAAAAGCAUCUCGUCGAUUCCGUCAAGUCCACUCAUCCUUCGUUGUCCAACGUUGAAAAAGAAAAAUAUAAGAGAAUUUACGCCAGAUUCGCGAAACACGAUAACUUCACGGAAGACAUGCUGAGGAAUCAGAAGGCUACCCUAGCAUAAGAUAGGAGUGUUAUU